CAGCCCGUGCCCCCCCGGGCCGGCCCGUCCCGUCCCGUCCCCUCGCAGCGGGCCCGAGGCGCUCCCGCCGCCCCGAGGGUGUGUCCGCCCGGGCCCGGAGGCGGAGGGGAGCGUGACCAGUACUAAAGCUCUUACCGAGGCUCUUACUGAAGCUGCCGGGGCGCGGAGCGGGCGCCGGUUCCGCGGGAGGCCGCCAUGCCCCUGAGGAAGCCCGCGGGCAAGCGCCGCAGCACCGACUCGGGCGUGGAGCCGGACCGCGGGGCGGUUUCCCAGGAGAAGAAGGAUCAGCGCAUCGCGCUCUUCCUCAGCGACUUCGACCAGCAGGCCAAGGAAAAUAUCCAGGAAAUGAAGAAAGAGCUUGAUUCGGUUUUGCAAACAGCUGAGAAGGCGUUUACGGUGGAGCUGCUGAAGAUGCCAGUUGCCAUCAGGAAAAUGAAAAGGAAAGACUUGCUCAUUGCAGGUUUGCAAGGAGGGGAGGAAGUGGCUCUUGCUGCUGCAGUGACUGACUGCUCUCUAGAAGAUAUACCAAAUCCAAAACUGGUGAGGACCAACAGCAAAAAAGUUAAGGUAACUACAAUUGUUGAAUAUGGAGAUGCCAAGCACAUUUCUGCAAAGAAAAUAUCUAAAAAAGUUUCCAAAACAAAAUCAUUGGUUUCAUUGGCGUCUGGUUUAAGUACGAAACUGAACACUCUCUCUAGGUCUGCUCACUCCUCUGCAAGUGUGACUGAGGCCUUUAAGUCUCUUGCUUCUGAUUGCAGUGCCACAAAUUUCAAAGCCACGCCAAAGUUAUCUAAAAGUGCUGGACUACAACAGACUGUCUCGAGAACUGUACCUACCACUGGAAGAGCUCAAGGCAUGUUACUCAGAAGUAAAUCAGUACCCCAGGAUAAAACUGUGCCAUUUGUAAACAUUCCCCUGGCUGAUGGACAGACACUCUGUAUGGCUGGUGGAGACCUCCAUAAUAUUGAUGUGCAGCUACUAAAUCAAGAUACAGUACAGCAUAUUCAUAACUUAGUGAAUCGAAGGGGUUGGAAGGGACCUCUGAAGAUCAUAGAGCACAGCCCCCCUGCUGCAGCAGGAACACCUAGGGAAGAUCAGUAAAAAAAUAGAAAAUAACUUCUGAGGUUAAGCCUAAAUGGAUUGGCAUAAAUUGGAGGGAGGAACAGGGCAAGGGAGGAGCAGGGAGGGGAGAACUGCUGCUCACAGAUAAUGCGUAAAAGUAAGUGCACUUAAAUAAGCAUGUGCUGUUUGGCAAUUGCCUGAGGGACAACAGAAGCAUAAACUCAUUUUAGGUUACUCUGGUGUCUCUCGUACCAAGUGAGCACACUGCCAUUCUCUACCUCAUAUUCACAGAGGCUUAAAAAGCAAGUGCUAAGUUUUGAUUAUUAGUUUAAUGGAGAGGUUGUAACAUGUCCCUUGCUCAGUAAGAACUACACUCCUGCUAAUUUUCUGCUGUUGAAUAGUAACUGCGUUACCUUUGAGAAAUAAGAAAUAUUAAUCAGUGUACAGUCUUGCAAGUAUAUAGACUUCAGGGCCUCAAUGAGUUAAGCUAAAGGUCUGGAAGCUGGUUCAGUAUUUUAUAACAUGGACCUGCCUCUAUAGGUAGAGAAUGGGGGAGUGCUUGCUCACUACUUGCUUUAGCAAAAGUGACUAUUCUUACUCCUCUUCCCAGUUCUGUUGGGCAGCUUGAACUAAAAUGUUUUUUUUUCC